UUCGUCAGCUUCACAUGGAAUUCUUGAGAGCGGGAUCAAAUGUUAUGCAGACUUUCACCUUUUCUGCCAGUGAGGACAACAUGAAAAGCAAGUGGGAAAAUAUAAAUGCUGCUGCAUGUGAUCUUGCCAGGGAAGUGGCUGGAAAAGGUAAUGCUUUGGUAGCAGGGCGGAUCUGCCAAACAUCAGUGUACAAACACCACAAGGAUGAAGCUAGAAUUAAAAAGCUUUUUCGACUACAGCUAGAAGUUUUUGCCAGGAAAAAUGUGGAUUUCUUGAUUGCAGAGUAUUUUGAGCAUGCUGAAGAAGCUGUGUGGGCUGUGGAAGUCUUAAAGGAGUGGGGUAAGCCCAUGGCAGCUACCAUGUGCAUAGGCCCGCAGGGAGACAUGCACGACCUGAGGCCCGGAGAAUGUACCGUCAGGCUGGUGGAGGCAGGGGCCUCGAUCGUUGGCGUUAACUGCCGAUUUGGGCCUGGGACCAGCCUGAAGACCAUGAAGCUCGUGAAGGAGGGCCUUCGGGAGGCAGGGUUGAAAGCAAACCUGAUGGUGCAGUCCCUGGGAUUCCACACACCUGACUGUGGCAAGGGGGGCUUUGUGGAUCUCCCAGAAUAUCCCUUUGGACUGGAGCCCAGAGUUGCAACCAGAUCGGAUAUUCAAAAAUAUGCCAGAGAGGCCUACAACCUGGGUGUCAGGUACAUUGGUGGGUGCUGCGGAUUUGAGCCCUUUCAUAUCGGAGCAAUUGCAGAGGAGCUGGCCCCAGAAAGGAGAUUUUUGCCACCAGUUUCAGGAAAACACAGCAACAGGGGAAGUGGUUUGGACAUGCACGCCAAACCCUGGAUUAGAGCAAGGGCUAGAAGGGAGUAUCGGGAGAAUCUGUUACCAGCUUCAGGUAGGCCUUUCUGUCCUUCGCUGUCAAAGCCAGAUGUCUAAGGAGUGGCGAAAGGAAAAGCUGACACUAUAGAGCAGAAAGAAAUCACAUUCAAGCUGCAUCUAGAACCUUUCCUUGCCUUUGUCCUGAGGUCACCCUGAUAUUUUCAGCUGCUGAAAAAAUAAUGUUACUGUAAUCCCUUAAAUUCAUCUCAACAUCUAUGUAUUGAGCUCUUUUAAGCAUCAUGCUAAAUGCUGCAGGAGAUACAAGAUAAGACAGGUCCUUGCCUUCCAGAUAUUUACUGUCCAGUAAUGCUGAGUAAAUUCUUUUGAGGAUCAUCAAGAAUGGCAAAACUUCUCUUUUAGGGUAAAUUUGACUCAGCCAAAAGUCACUGAGAACAAAACCUAGUGAAUAAGACAGGUAAUUAAGCUGGGUGCUAAGAGUAAGAUGGAAUGGGAUCCUAAAGCAAUGAGUCUGCUUACUCGAAAGUUAAUCCCAAAAGAAAAGAUGCAAAAAUGUUUUGAACAAUGGCAGGAUUAUUGAAAUGUAUAUAACCUUCCAAAGUGGUUACUUUGAAAGAUGAUUUUCACUUAAAAGUGUAAGUGCUAGAAUUUUUUUAAUGUGUCUGUAUAAUCACCAUUAGCUAAAUUAUAAGAUAUUUAAGGAGAAGAAUUGUUACAUCCUUCUUAUACUUCUCUUUAAAGAAGAUAGCAUUGUUCUGGAUAUAAUAAUAGAUGUUCAAUGACAUACUUAUUAUUGAGUGUUUAAAAUAACUAAAGAUAGAUAAACCACUUGAGAAACCCUUGAACAGUUUGAAAUAAUUCAAAUCUAUCCUGGUCUAAUAUUUUCUGGACUUCUAUUGGUGUUACUAUCUGCCUGUUUCUCUCUUUUUUGCACAAUAACAUAUCAAUUUGUGACAAUUAAUAAAAUUCAA